AUGCAGAGGCCGCAGUUUCUCCCCGCGGUGCCCAAGCUGGAGCGCAAAUCCUACGUGAUGUGCAACUACUUCGGGCUGGGCGUGGACGCCGCCGUGGCUCUGGACUUCCACCGGAUGCGGGAGCGGCUGCCUCACCUCUUCUUCUCGCGGGUUGUGAACAAGCUGUGGUACAUGACGAGUGGUGCCAACACUCUGAUGGAGAAUCGCUGCAAAGAUAUUGGUUCUAAGGUGACGCUGGAGUGCGACGGGGAGGAGGUGCAGAUUCCCGACGACUUAGAGGGCGUCAUCGUGCUGAACAUCCCCAGCUUCUCCGGCGGCACGAACCUCUGGGGCCAGGACGAGCUCGAGGUGGACGAGUCGGAGGAGGACGACUCCGAGGAGGACGCGGACAAGUGCGACGCGUCCCCAGCCAAGUCCGCCCCCGCGGUUGGCAGUGAGGCCCCCGACAAGAGAAGUGCCUUUGUGGGCACGCGGCAGUCAAAGCAGGACAAGAAGCUGGAGGUUGUCGGCGUGCACGGGAUCUUGCAGCUGGGCGCCGCUCAGGUCGGCCUGUACUCGGCGACGCGGUUGGCUCAGGCAUCCCGAGUGAAGAUCACCACCAGGGCCGACCUGCCAGUGGAGGUGGAUGGAGAGCCGAGCUGGUUCCCCCAGGACGGCGAGAUAGAGAUCGAGUUCAGGAGCCAGGCGUUCAUGCUGGCCCGGGAGCCCGAAGGCAAGCACUCGGUGGCCACCGACAUCGUCGACUGGGCCCUGCAGAGGAACCUGAUCAGCCACUCCGUGCGGGACGAGCUCCUGCAGGAGAUAGCCCGGCGCAGCCAGGCGGUGCCGCGCAUAUCGACAUCCCAGUCGGCGGCCCAGGCUGCGUUCGCGUCGGGAUAG